AUGGCCGCUACUCGUUCAUCUCGCUCUGUCAACAGUUUUAAUCGCACAUCAAGCCCCACCUCCUCCACUUCGACGGUUUCGUCAAGAUCCGUUUCUCUCUCUCCUCGUUCUCCUUCUCGCUCUCUUCCUUGUUCUCCCUCUCGUUCACCUUCUCCUGCAGCGACAUUUAGCUCAGGAUACUCCAACCGCCCUGGCUCGCCCUCAUACGUUGAGGUGGCUAGUGGUGCAGCUUCUUCCCUUUGUAGACAGCCUUCAUCUGUCAGCAUCUCGGAGAAGUUCACUGCGUUGUCCUUGAGGAGGGCUUCCACCUCUGAAGACCGUGCUGGCAACGCCCGUCAGCAACCCUUGGAUGAGGAUGUCGUAAUGACGGAAUCUUCUAAGGAAGGACAAAUGCCUGUGUUGUGCCAUCACAACAUUAUCAAUAAAUAUUCACAGCUACUGCUCUUCGGCUAUAGCUUGUUCCACAUAUAA